AUGAGGUGGGCCUGGGCCCUCCUCCUCCUCACGGCACGAGUCACGGGCGGCCGCGCCGAGACGCGCGUCGUCAUCGAGGACUUCGCGACGACCACAGGGCUCUGGACCGAUACCGGAGAGGUCCUCGGGCUACCCGAAUCGAUUCAGCCGUCGGUCGGAACGAUACAGCUCACGACGACCGAAGACGAGACGCUGCGCGUCGAUUACGACGUGGCCUUCACGGCGCUCUGGGGCCCGGUCACCCUCGGACGAACCUUAAACGGCACGACGUAUGACCAGUGUGCAAAUGCGACGCACGUGAGUCUCAAGUAUAAAGUAAAAGAACCGCAAUCGCGCCCUCACCUCGGCACCCUGAUGUUUUGUUUACUGGACGGGAGCGACUGCUCCGGACCCGUAUGCGCGCAGGACAAGGGCCAGGCGCUGGAGCUGUGGAUGAGCUUCGAGGCGGUGGCGCUCGACGACGCGUCGGCCGAAUGGCGCGAGCUGCGCCUCGGUCUGUGCGGAAGGUCGGGUACCACGCGGACACCUUUUUUUAACACGGACGGCUUGUACGCGAACGGGAAUGCAUGCGGAUAUACUACACUACACCUGCGACUCGCGCACGUAUCGCAAGCGGGCCUGGUGCCGCGCCGAGAUCAUGAGCUGCUGGGCGAGGAACGGCACGGCGUCUAUGUUCGUAAAUACCAACGAAGGGCUCCGCCCGCUCGCGACGGACGACAAGGUAUUGCUAGAAGCGCUCGACGUCUUCGGCGGUGAUUUGACAUGUUGUCGCCUGGGACAUGAGGAUGGACGGCCGUGCGACCGCGAGGCGCUAGUACUACCCAUGUUAGGAUUGUACGGUGAGAUCUACAAAAAUCGCUGUCAACCAUGCGGAGACGCGUAUUCAUUCAUCGCGCCAGAAAAAGAUAAGAUGUUCCCCCGGACGUUUCGCUAUAAAUUCAAGGACGCCGAAGGCGUCGCCCGGAGUGAGGAGACGGUGCUUUUCGGCGACACGAUCAAAGCCGUGGAAGUCGCAGUUGAGAUGAGUGAGGUAAGCGAAUCCGAUCCCUUGUGGAAGAAGGCGCUGCCCGACAUGGCGCCGGCGACCAACAAUUCCACCCACGCGCAUCACCUCCAGGUCGCCGCCCUCAAGUCCUCGCUGAGCGCCGUCGACAGCGGCAGCAGCAGGACGAUGCGCCUCCGGCGCUCGCUCUCGACGGUCGUGAGGAGCAACCCGAGCUCUCCACGACAAAAGCCGUUCCAAACGCAUAGUUCGCUGGCGAGCGCCAACGGGAGACCUCGGAAUCUUGCCUCUUCUUCCUCUUUUUGGGCGAAUCCGCCGCGGGCGCAGCAGAGACCUACGUUAAGCCGCGAGAACACCUGGCGGACAAGCGCUCCACGACUAGCACACGAAGAUUCCAAGGAGGACUUGAACGUGUAA